AUGUUCAAUUAUUUGUUAAGUUAUAUAAAAUACCCUCAAAACCCCCCUUAAUACGAGCAAAAAAUAUUUUCUUACCAAAAUGCCUUUUCCGAUUUCGUAAUAGUAGACGAAGAAGAUUUCAUUUAAUUACCUAAAAUUCUCUCAAAAUCCGAUUGGGAGUAAAUAAUAAAAGAUGAUUCAUUAAAAAAUUUCAAAGAGGAUGACAUAUAUUAUUCUUUAUUAAAAGGAAUUCCAUUCGUUAUCCGAAAAGACGUUUGGUUAGUGUUAUGUGAAAUAAAUAAAUUAAAAUAAAAGCAUGCACAAUUUAAUUAUAAAAAAGAAUGUGAAAAAGAGUCCAUAUACGACAAAUAAAUUUUAAAAGAUGUUCCUCGAACAUAUAGUGAUUUCUAGUAUUUUUUUAACGAAAAAAACGAAGGAUAAACUAGGCUUUAUCGAAUUUUAAAAGCCUAUGCGUUUUUCGAUCCUGAAGUUGGUUAUGUUUAAGGAAUGAAUUUUAUUGUGGCAAGCCUUUUAAUACAUAUGAACCCUGAAAAUGAAAAGGAAAUUAAAGAUGUGUAUAUUAUUAAUAGCUCUUAUGAGGAAAAUAUUUUCUGGAUGUUAGUUUCUAUAAUGUAGAAUAAAAAUUUAAGAAUUUUAUUUGUUAAAAAUAUGGAAGGGAUUUACGGUUAUAUAGAAAAUUUGGAAAAUAUAUUAAAAUGUAAAGUUAAGGAGGUCUAUGAGCAUAUAAAGGAAAUAGGUUUAGAUGUUUUUACAUGCUUUAAUUAAUAUUAUUUUACAAUUUUAAUGUAUAAUGCACCGAAAACGUUUUAAAAAAGAGUUUUAGAUUUAUUUUUGUUUAAAGGAAAAAUUAUAUUAGAAUAAAUUAUAGUUAAAAUGCUAAAAAUUUGUGAAGAAUAAAUAUUGUAAAUAUAGGAAAUGGAAGAAUUAAAUAACUUUUUUAAAAAAGGCAUAAUGGAGUAUUGUGAAAAAGAAUUUAAAAAAUAAAAAAAGUUAAAUAUAAAUUAAAUUUAAGAUCUCCUUUUAUAUAAUAGUUAAACAUAUUAAUAUUUUUGA